AUGGCUAAAUAUAUAUCAACAUAUGCAUGCCAAAUAAAUUAUUCAACAGAAAGACAAAGUUGGAUGUAUGCAACCGAUAAUUUACCAGAUUUUAAUGACAUGAUGAAUGAAGUUAAAAAAUGGAGUAAUCAAAAUAAUAAAUAUUUAAUUCGUCAUACAAUAACACAUAAUCUCCUUUUAAUGGGAAAGACUCGAAGUGGAAAAACAACAAUUGCAAAAGUUAUUGAAAAUCCUUGUUAUAUGCCACCUGAUGGAAAAAUUUAUUCUGAAACAAAACAAAUAACCAUUCAUUCUGUUUCGACAGCAUUAAUUAAUUCAAAUAGUAUUUAUUCUUUAAAUAUAAUUGAUACACCUGGCAUGUUUGAUAAAGUAAAACAACAAAAUAAAACAAUUAAAAAUGAUAAAAUAAAACGAAGUAUUGAUAAAUGUAUGGAACAAGAUGUUACUAAUAUACAUUUAUUUGCAUUUGUUAUUAAUUUACAAACAAAUUUAGAUAUCGAAGAUAUUUAUUCAAUGAUUUUUGUGAAAGAAAAAUAUCCAUUUUUACAUGAAUAUAUUUGUUUAAUUGUAACACAUGCAGAAGAAACAAAUUGGCAACAACGAGAAGAUAAAAUAAAUGAUUUUUUUCAAUCUGAUCUUGUUCAGAAAAAUAAUUUAAAAGGUUUUUUUGGUAAAAAGAUUUUUUUUAUGGGUUCAUUACGUCCUGAAUUAGUUAAUUAUCCAAAUAAACAAUCUGUUUGUCAACAAAUUAAAAAUGUUCAUCAAAUGCGCGAUAUUUUUAUGGAUUACAUUAUUCAUUUAGAUCCUACUAAUUAUUUUAAUAUACACCGUGUUAAUAUGCCAAAUAACUGUCAAAUUUUAUAA